UCUUAUGUUUACAUCAAUGCGUGCAUUGCAAGAGCGGUUGUGAACUGUGCAUUCUAGCGUCAUUUAAAAGUUUCGCUUUCAUUUCUUUAGAAAUCUUCAACUGCAACUUUGCAAAUCGAAAUAUUAAAGAGAUACAACAGGGAAACGUCGUUACCGGGGGAUCCAGGACCAGAGCUUUGCACGCACCCAGUGUUUUUAGCAAACCAGCUAAGUUAGCAUUACAUUAGCUAGCAUAGCUAGGCGUCAUGGACGAGCUAGCGGUUGAAGUCAGGGGGACGAGUGGGGCUUUUUACAAGGGCUAUUUGAAGGAUGUUAAUGAAAGUUCUGUCACUGUCUCCUUUGAAAACAAUUGGCAGCCAGAGCGUCAAAUUCCCUUCCAUGAUGUUCGAUUUCCUCCACCCACAGGUUUUCAGAAAGAGAUAAACGAGAGUGAUGAAGUUGAGGUAUGUGCUGUUUAUUCUAGGGCCAAUGACAAAGAACCAUGUGGCUGGUGGCUGGCGACAGUUCGAAUGGUGAAGGGUGAGUUUUAUGUCAUAGAGUAUACCGCUUGUGAUGCCACGCUAAAUGAAAUAGUUACAUUAGAGAGGUUACGACCUGUGAAUCCAAACAAGCCAGCUACAAAAAACUCCUUCCUGAAAAUUUAUCUGGAUGUCCCAGAGGACUUGCGGCAAAUGUGUUUAAAAGACUCGCAUAAAGAUUUUAAGAAGGCUUUGGGAGCAUUCAAUGUCACUUAUGACUCAGACAAAAAGCAGCUUGUUAUUCUGUCCGUGAAUGAGGUUACAACCAAAAGGGUGCAGAUGCUGAGCGACAUGCAUUUCCGGAGCCUGCGCACCAAGCUGUCCCUAAUGCAGAGGAAUGAGGAGGCUAGCCGCCAACUGGAAAGCUCUCGGCAGCUGGCGUCCAGGUUCCAUGAACAGUUUGUGGUCCGGGAUGAUCUGAUGGGGCUGGCCAUUGGGACCCACGGUGCCAACAUCCAGCAGGCCAGGAAAGUUCCUGGGGUCACCACUAUAGACCUGGAUGAAGAGACCUGCACCUUCCAUAUCUAUGGAGAGGACCAAGAGGCUGUCCGCAAGGCUAGGAGCUUCUUGGAGUUUUCUGAAGAUGUCAUCAAAGUACCAAGGAAUUUAGUGGGGAAAGUCAUUGGGAAAAAUGGAAAGCUGAUCCAGGAAGUGGUGGAUAAAUCUGGUGUUGUUCGUGUUCGGAUUGAGGCAGAGAACAACAAGAAGCCACCUCCAUUGGAUGAGGGCAUGGUGCCGUUUGUCUUUGUGGGGACAAAGGAGAGCAUCUCCAAUGCUAAAGUACUGUUGGACUAUCAUCUCAACUAUCUGAAGGAAGUGGACCAGCUCCGUAUGGAGCGACUGCAGAUAGAUGAGCAGCUGAGGCAGAUUGGGGGAGGGGGCCCCAGGGGGGGCCCAGGGCCUGGACGGCCUGACAAGACCAUCGUAGACAAUGGCGGCCUGGGGAUAAUGGGCAUGGGCUCCCAGAGAGGAGGGAAGCCAUUCGUCAGGGGAGGAGGCCGUGGCCGACGUGGUGGUCCCUCUUUAGCCUCAGGCACUAACUCUGAGGCUUCCAAUGCCUCCGAGACUGAGUCGGACCACAAGGAUGAGCUGAGUGACUGGUCUCUGGCCCCCACUGAGGACCUGACUGGGGGCUUCCCCAAACGACCUGAUACACGCAAGAGAGGAGGGCCUCGUGGGCGGGGAGGGAGAGGAAGAGGGGGAGGCUUCAAAGUAGCUGAAGACAUCCAGUGGACUGAGUCACGCUCACGGAAUACCAGAGACCCUAAGCUGAGGCCUCUGGAAGAUUCUUUGCAGAUCAGAGUGGAUGGUAAUAAUGAGAGGAGUGUUCAUGCUGCAGCCAGAGGCCCCGCAGGCGAUGGAGCCAACCGACAGAGACCCAUAAAAGAGCGACCUAUCAAGAAGGAUAACCAGGAAAGCCCUAGUGGUGAAGCCACCGCCAUAAGCCUGGCGAUGGUGAACGGGGUGUCGUAGACGGGGCCGACUGAAGGCACCCUCAUCUCUCUCACCACACCAUCAAUCCAGAAGCUUCUUCAUUAGAGACACGUUAGGCCAAAGAGGAGCAGGUCAGGGCUGAAAUGAAGCACACUUUGGACAAACUAACUCCAGCGGCAGGUGGAUGGGGUGUUUGGUGGGUUACUGUGUACAGGGAAGGAGCCAUCUAGGGUUUUAGGGGUUAACAGGAGAAGGAAAAUGGCGACUACAGUCUUUUUCUAAGUGACAUUGUUGACAACUACCUAUCAGAUGAUUUAAAAGCUGUGGAAAGAAAAUGUGUUUAAAACAAAGAGGGGCCAACCUGAUGAAUCUGUAUUUCUUAAGAUAUGGUUUUCUAUCGCUUGUUCAUGUACUAGCCUUUUCUCUGGAUAGAGGGUUGGAUUGUUUGGUCCUUCCUGCCUUCUCUCUCUCAUGGCAUGUGUUUAUGGAGCCCUGUGUCGCAGUGGAAUAUAGAACUCAUUAUCAUGUGAGGUCACCGCUGCAUCAUUAGCAACAAACAAAAAAAAUAACAUAAAAAGAACGCCCCCCUCCUGUCUGAUCUGUGCCUUUUAUCUCCUGUGGAUAGUAUCACAAAUAGAAAUUGAAAUCAGGGAAGACGACGACAUUGGGAAAACGGUAAUGGAUUUUACUUGUGUGUAGUGAACACACAGCUCACCAUCUAAAAAAAAUGAGAACUGUCUUUUUAACCUUGCAAUGCAUGUUCAUUAUUAUCAUCGGUUUCCACAUCCGGGAAGUCAGCAAUCUGAUGUGUCACUUUGUUUCCUUUUGCUGAAUAUUUCUUGAAUAGGGAUGAUGAUUGACUUUUUCUAGCUAGUGAUAUAGCAUUUAUUUUUUGGAAAGGGGGGAAUGACAAUGAACUCAAUAUCGAUCUUACCACGGUCACACUGGGUUUGUGUGGAUUUUGAUUCAAGGUCUCAGAUUAUUUUGUCAUUUCACACCAUGGAGACACUGAACAGUAUCUUAUGACAGAAUCACUUCUAUGGACCUUUUAACAUGAACUAUGUCAAACUGGAGACAGAUAUUGAGAACAUGGUCCUUUCACCAUGCAUUCACCAACAAUCCCGUUCCUGUUGGUUUUUUAUUUCAGAGAUUCAAUGAAAAGAGUGGCACACCUCUCUCCAACCCUAACAUGUUGUUCAUAUGAUAUUGGCAAUUGGUCAUUAGAUUGUAAAUUAUAAAGUGGGUUGCAUACUGUAUAUCUAAUUUGUUAAAAUAAUUUUUUGCUAUUGUUUUGGAUUGAACUUCAAAUGUGCACUUAAUCAUUUUAUUUGUUAUCUGCAACUACUAAAUAAUAUGAACUAUAAUAAACUAUGUCAUAAGAUUUCUUCCGCAGGGGAAUCACAUGAAUGCUGCCAACAAUGUUACCAAGUUUAGAUACCCUAUAGCUAAUGGAGUUUCCUGUACCUUCACCGUACAGAUGAUGGAGUUUAGUCCCAUGGUAUAACCCUCUGUCUUAUAUGGGAUCAGUGCUUGUGCAUUAAAACCUUAGUUUAGUUGAUUCUUAAAAAAAAACUGCUGUGAGGAUAUAGCUAGUGUUUUGUUCUAAUUUAUUUUGGGGUUUUCUUGUUUACUCUAAAUUGCAAUGUUGAAUGGUGUACAGGUAAUGGGCAUCAGUCAUCAGCUGUCGGCCUCUUGUCUCGCUGUAAUUUUGCUCAUGUCCAAUUCACAAAAUAGCAUUUCAGCAGGCUAACAGCCACUGCUCUCCCCAGCGUUAACAGUCAACAAUUCAACUGGCCCAGUCCGGCUAUGAAAUUACAUUGAUAUUCAUUUAAUAUUUUGUACUAAUAGUAGCAAAAAAUAAAAUAAAAAAAUGAAAUGGUG